ACCGCGUUUGACCAGCAGGUGUCUCCCUGUCUUCAACACAGACGCGUCCUCGGUGUUGUUCCUCUGUUGGAGUAAAAACCACAAACUCCACCUUCCCGGUGACAGGCGGCAACACUGAAGCCUCCACUCGCAUUUUUCCAAGACAAUCUGCGCUCAGGACUUAACAUUCAAGCCAUAAAGGAGGCAAGCCCCCCUUUAAGGCGUCCAGUGCUGCUCCUGAAGAAUCCGGGCCGGCUGCUGUUUCUCCAUUAACUGCUGAGAMCGACGGUCACAAUCCUGGGAUUGUCGGAGAAGGCCUCCCACCUCCAGUUCCUGAACCAUUUAUCACAGAGGAAAGCACCAACAAUGUGACCACUGGACUCCAUCAGAACCAUGUGAACUGCCAAUAUGGGUCUGAGAAGCAGCACACACUGACUCAACACUGCUUCAGCCACAAUGGUCCCCCUUCUGUUUCUGGUGACUGACGUACAAAAUUCCACUGGCAAUGGCAACAGUACGAAAGAUGAUACAUCGCCCAGCCAGCACAUCCUCUCUACUGUGCUGGUUGGGCUCCUGCUGCUGGUCAUCAUCAUACUGCUGCUCUGGUACUUCCUCAGGUUAAAAAGAAACCAGAGGAAAGCAGUCGUCACAACAGUUGACAAGAAAAUACCAAAUGGCAUCUUGGAAGAACAAGACCUCGGAUACAGUACUGAGUCUAUAUACACCGUUUUACCACCAGAGCAACAGACGGUGGUCCUUCUGCCCAGAUCCCCCUCAGCCUCCAAGACCUACUUACCCAUCCCGGUCGACCACCUCGAGGAGGAAUACCGGCUCCGCUCAGCUGAUGACGGCAAGCUCUUCAGGGAGGAGUACAAUUCCUUGCCAGGGGGCAAUCCCCAAGGGGCGUACGAGGAGGCCAACAAGGAUGAGAACAAGGAGAAGAACAGAUACCCCAACAUCCUCCCCUACGAUCAUUCCAGAGUGGUUCUGACCCRGUUCGAUGGAAAGCCAUGUUCGGACUACGUGAACGCAUCUUAUGUUGAUGGUUACACAGAAACGAACAAAUUUAUAGCUGCACAAGGCCCAAAAGAAGACACAGUGGCAGAUUUCUGGAGGAUGAUAUGGGAGCAGAAAGUAGCAACUAUUGUCAUGUUGACAAAUUUAAAGGAGCGAAAAGAGGACAAGUGUCACCAGUACUGGCCAGACCAGGGCUGUUGGACAUAYGGGAACGUGAGGGUGGCAGUCGAAGACUUCACAGUCCUGGUGGAUUACACAAUUCGCAAGUUCUGUGUACAAUACCAGGCCAGUGACGCUGCUAAAACUCCUCGUCUGGUCACCCAGCUCCACUUCACCAGCUGGCCUGAUUUUGGAGUUCCUUUCUCCCCGAUUGGCAUGCUCAAGUUCCUCAAAAAGGUCAAGGCGGUGAAUCCACCUUUUUCUGGACCUAUUGUGGUCCACUGCAGCGCUGGAGUUGGGAGGACGGGAACCUUCAUCGUAAUAGAUGCCAUGAUUGACAUGAUGCACGCCGAGCAGAAAGUCGACGUGUUUGGAUUCGUCUCCAAGAUACGAGAGCAGCGCUCCCAGCUCAUCCAGACAGAUAUGCAGUACUCGUUCGUGUACCAGGCCCUGCUUGAAUACUACCUCUAUGGAGACACGGAGCUGGAUGUGUCGUCUCUGGAAGGACAUCUGCACAAACUGCACAACACCUUCGCCGACGGUGACCGAGUGGGCCUGGAAGAAGAAUUUAAGAAACUGACCAACAUGCGAAUAAUGAAGGAGAACAUGAGGACUGGAAACCUCCCUGCCAACAUGAAGAAGAACAGAGUUCUGCAAAUUAUUCCAUAUGACUUCAACAGAGUAAUUCUUUCCAUGAGAAGAGGGCAAGAGUUCACAGAUUACAUUAAUGCAUCGUUUAUUGACGGAUACAGACAGAAAGACUACUACAUCGCCACACAGGGCCCUCUGUCUCACACAGUGGUGGAUUUCUGGAGGAUGGUUUGGGAAUGGAAAUGUCACUCGAUUGUAAUGCUCACUGAGCUCCAGGAGAGGGAGCAGGACAAAUGUUACCAGUACUGGCCCACAGAGGACUCGGCCACAUACGGAGACUACACUGUAGAACUGAAGGGAGACUCGUUGUGUGAAACCUUCAGUCUAAGAGACCUGGUACUCACCUAUGUUCCGGAGAAGCAGACGAGGGCGAUCAGGCACUUCCACUUCCACGGCUGGCCAGAGAUUGGCAUCCCGGCGGAGGGGAAAGGCAUGAUCGACAUCAUCGCCUCAGUGCAGAGACAGCAGCAGCAGUCUGGGAACCAUCCCAUAGUCGUACACUGCAGCGCUGGUGCAGGGCGAACAGGUACAUUCAUUGCACUGAGCAAUAUCUUGGAGCGCGUCAAGGCAGAAGGCCUGCUAGACGUGUUCCAGACUGUGAAGAGUUUACGUAUGCAGAGGCCUCAUAUGGUCCAAACRGUUGAACAAUACGACUUCUGCUACAGGGUGGUACAAGACUUUGUCGACAUUUUCUCAGACUAUGCCAAUUUUAAAUGAGAUUUGCCUUAAACAUGGUUUUUAAUGUUUUCUAAAGCAACUUUGUGAGUUUUAUCUUCUAUUUUGCUAUGCACUUGUCCUUACCAUUAACUCGAGCUCUUUUCUUGCUGUAAAAUAUGGUUCGUCAGCAGAGGAAACCUGUACAUGGGGAAAAAAUAGGUUGGUUAAUAUUGUAUAUUUCAUAACAUGUAUGAUAAUUUGUCAUUAAGUGUAGCUAAAAAAAAGCUGGUCUCUGAUUUCAGUUUUGUAUAUUAUUUUAUAACAUUGUUUAAAUGAUUUAUUUUAUUUUUUGAACUCAUGACAUUUUUACGAGCUGUAGUUACUGUAAAUGUAUUUAUGUGUUGACAAUAUGUUUAAUUAUAAGAUUUUUUAUGAAGGUAA